CCACCAAUCUCUAAUAUAAAAGUCUCUCUCUCUCUCUCUCUCUUGUCGAGAGAAGAAAUAUAGUAUUGAAAUGGCAGGGGGCCGUAAUUACGCGAGGGUGGUGGGGGUAAUACUGACAUUGACGGUGGUGGCGGGGCAGAACAUACCGGAGGUGGGACUGUUCAGUUUCGGGGACUCGUACUACGAGGUGGGGAACAAGAGGUUCCUGACGACGGCCUUCCUGCCUCAGACCACUUGGCCCUUCGGCAAAUCCACCGACGAUCCCAACGGUCGCUUUUCCGACGGCCGGAUCGUCCCCGACUUCAUCGCUCAGUUCAUGAAGAUACCGAUACCGGUACCGGCGGCUCUGGACCCCAACGGGAAUUUCUCACGCGGAGCCAACUUCGCCGUCGCCGAUGCUUCCGUUCUCGGAUCUCCUCCUGAAUCCAUGACUCUUGCCCAACAACUGAACAGAUUCAGAAGAAUGGGGAACUGGAACGAUGAUUUCUUGUCGAAAUCCUUGUUCAUAUUCUACAUCGGAGCCGACGAUUACUUGAACUUCACCAAGAACAACCCUGCCGCCGACGCCUCUGCCCAACAGGCUUUUGUCACCUCCGUCAUUUCCAAAUUAAGACAAGAUCUCGGCCUAUUCUACGUGAACGGGGCGAGGAAGUUUGCGUUCCAGCUGCUGGCGCCGCUGGGCUGCUUUCCGAUCGUGAGGCAAGAUUACAACACCGGAGAUCAAUGUUACGAGAAGCUCAACGACUUGGCCAAGCAGCACAACGACAAGAUCGGGCCGAUGUUAGACGCUCUGGCCAAGGAGAACAAGGGUUUCCAGUACACCGUCUUCAAUUUCUACGACGCCAUGUCUCGCAGAAUCAACAGGAACCUGAACUUCAGGUUCAGUAACGUGAUAAAUUCGUGCUGCGGGAUCGGAACGCACAACGCGUUCGGAUGCGGGAAGCCCAACGUCCACUCGAGCCUGUGCGACUACCAGAGGUCGUUCCUCUUCUUCGACGGCCGUCACAACUCGGAGAAAGCCAACGAGGCGAUCGCUCACCUCUUCUUCUCGGCCGAUCCCAACGUGGUCUCGCCCAUGAACCUCCGGGAGCUCAUCGUCUACCCCGCCAACAUGAACAUGCUCGAGAGUUACCAGCCGAAGAAUUCCGUCAGCGUUGUCGCUGUCGGUGAGGAAUCAGUGUCGGAGUUCUAGGGUUUUAUGACGGUCGAAUAAUUCCAAGGAAUAUCCUUGCUGUUGUUUGUUUGUAAUAUUUGAGACUAUGUGAUGAAAUAUUAUAUGUUUUGAGAUCCGA